CCUAAAAGCUCCAUAUAAUUAGGCACAUAAAAGCUGAUGAUAACAGUGCCACGACCACCACAGCCGUCUGUAAAGUACAAUGAUCGUGCAAGAAAACACCCCCAAACGUGGCCCAGACUCUAAAGAUGACCCUAACACCGGCAGUCAAGAGGCUGCCAGUGGGAGCAGCCAGCCUCCUUUACCUCCGCCAAUGUAUUCUUAUACAGCCCCUCCAGUACAACCGUAUCAAAAUACUUAUCAACCCUACACCCCAGAGCCCUAUGUGGUACAGUCCGAAUCGACUUUCAAACGGUUCUGGAAAGCAUUUGGAAUAGCUGUAACCAUCUGGUUCCUUUUUGCUGUUUUCACGGAGAGUAUGUUUGAGGUAGGGAGUUACGGUCGCAGCAGGCUCGGCUGGAGUGGCGACCAAGCCGGAUGGCCUACACCUGCAGAUGGUAUCGUUCGACGUUGUAUCAGUGGUUCUGAAUGGUCCGAGUACAUCGAUAACCCUACGUGGUCGCAUUUUCCCCAUGGUGCUGAAACUACAUUCGAACUUCCCGUUGACUCUGACGCACUAUUCUUCCUAACUCGCGGCAAUUGGAAUGCUGGCAUCGUGAAGAUUGUAAACUCGGAAAUCGUCAAAGAUACCGCUGAUGUCACUGUGCGCGCACAUUUCUACUACCAGAGCGCAUUGGAUCGUGCCACCCUCUGUCUGUUGAAAAGAGGUGAAGACGAGCAAGGUGUUGGCAUUUUUACACCCCGAAACUGGUACCCCCAUGGACAGCAAGACCGCGUGCAAUUUGAAGUCACCAUUUCACUUCCCGCUUCUUCGGAUGAUGAGCCUUUGAGGAUCAAAAGCUUCGAAAGCGAUGCAUCCUUAUACGCCCACGAAAUUGGAGACCUCCAGAAGUCAGUAUACUUCAAUGCUAUCUCCGUACGAACUUCCAAUGUGCCCAUUUCUGCCAAAUCCAUCUUUGCAGACAAGGGAAAGUUCAAGUCCAGUAACGCGCCGAUCAAGGGUACAUUUAAUACUUCUACUUCGUUAGAACUCAUAACGUCCAACGCACCGAUUGAGGUGGAAGCCGGCCUUUUGAACGAUGAUGCUUCUUCUCCUACUGAGGCUACAUUUAAGACGAGCAACAGCCCUAUUGAAUCAAGCUUUUCUCUCCAGUCCGAGUAUCUCACUGGUGGCGCCUUCAAAGUCUCUGCCCGCACCUCUAAUGGACACAUCGACCUUUCCCAUGCGACUUCUCCAGUCAACUCUAUUCUAAACCUUUCCGCACGUACCUCCAAUGCGCCCGCUUUUGUAUCAUUGCAUGGUGCUUAUGAGGGCGAUUACACUCUUGAUACAUCUCGUCUCGCGCCCACAGUGGUUAAAAGUAAUACUCUGGAUCCUUCAGGAAGAGGGAGAAGGCGGGUUGUGGAGCAGACCACGCAGAGAAAGGGUCAUUUGAAAGGGUCAGUAUAUUGGCAACCUCGUGGAGUGGGAGCACAGUCAAGCCAGGUUGAGGUUAAGACGUCCAAUUCACCCAUCAAGCUUUCCGUCUGAGUAGUAAGGUCUUUCGUAUUGAUUGCAUGGCUAUAUGGAAUUCAUAAUAUGUUCUUUAUCUUUCUACUUGCUGUACUAUUAUUAUUGAAACUAGCUGUAACGAAUGCUGAAAAAAUGCAAGUGAUCUUGUACUCCUAUGAU